AUGGCUGAAGAGGAAGAAGAGGAGCCCCGCAAGGCUCUGUAUGUUUCACCACUGGCGGACCCACUCAUCGCGGACAAGCUACUGGAUCGGGCAUUGAAACUUCUGAAGAAGGCAGUCUCUGAGAAGAUGACGAGGCGAGGAGUGCCAGAGUGCACUAAGGCUAUGCGCAAGGGUCAGAAAGGAAUUUGCUUUUUGGCUGCUGACAUCUAUCCGAUGGAUGUCUUCGCACAUGUGCCUUUGCUGGCAGAGGAGAAAGGCAUCUAUUAUUGCUAUGUCUCUUCCCGGCACCAGCUUGGAGCAGCGUGUCAGACAAAGAGGCCAAUUAGCUUGGUCAUGGUCUUGGAGCCCAAGGGUGACGCAACAUAUGCAAAGACCUAUGAGCAAGUUCAGAAUGGCAUCAAGGCAAUUCACCCUUACAUGUAA